ACUGUUACUGAACGGUCGCGUCGCAGCAGCAGUACAGAGUCGGAUCUGUCGUCGGUCACAAUGAGAGCAGAUAAGUUUACAGGCUGAGCUCAAGCCGCUGUCACAGUUUUUUGGGGGGCGGAAAAGAAGAAGAAGUCAUCGCGGGACAGGAGAAACAGGAGGAAAUAAGUGGACUUUACACUCCCGGUGUUUGGGUACUCAGCGACUGCGGCGGCGGCGACAGUGAGUGCUCCGGCGGCAGAGCUUCGGCGGCGGUCCCGCUGUUAGCGAACCAUGAACAAGAACCACCGAGUGCCGAGCAACCGUUCACUGAGUGCCGUGGAGGUGAAGAGCAAGUUUGGUGCAGAGUUUCGUCGCUUCUCUCUGGAUCGGUCAAAGCCGGGCCGAUUCGAUGAGUUCUACGGCCUCCUGCAGCAUGUGCACCGCAUCCCAAACGUGGAGCUGCUGGUGGGCUAUGCCGAUGUACACGGCGACCUGCUGCCCAUCAACAAUGACGACAACUACCACAAGGCCAUCUCCACCGCCAGCCCUCUGCUCAGACUGUUUCUGCAGAGGAAAGAGGAAGCUGAUUAUUCAACCUUCGGUACCGACUCGCUGACCAGGAAGAAGAACACGGUGCUCUCCGCCGUUCUGCUGCGGCCUGACGCCAACAGGAAAAAGCCGCCGGUCAUCAUCAGCCUGCCCAAGGACUUCCGCCCGGUGUCCUCCAUCAUCGAUGUGGACAUCCUGCCUGAGACGCACCGACGUGUUCGCCUGUACAAGCACGGCCAGGAGAAGCCGCUGGGCUUCUACAUCCGCGACGGCUCCAGCAUACGCGUCACUCCCCAGGGUCUGGAGAAGGUGCCGGGGAUAUUCAUCUCCCGCAUGGUGCCCGGCGGGCUGGCGGAGAGCACGGGUCUGCUCGCGGUCAACGAUGAGGUGCUGGAGGUGAACGGCAUCGAGGUGGGGGGGAAGUCUCUGGACCAGGUGACCGACAUGAUGAUCGCCAACAGCCACAACCUCAUCAUCACCGUGAAGCCUGCGAACCAGCGGAACAACGUUGUCCGCAGUGGAGGAGGAGGAGGAGGAGGGGGCGGGGCGGCGUCUGGCAGCUCAGGACACUCGUCGGACAGCGGCGCCAGCUACUAUGGCUACUCGUCACAUAGCGGUGCCAGCGCCGCAGCCUCCAUGCCAACGCACAUCAUCCAGAACUUCCCCGUCGGGGAGCUGGAGAGCGACGAGGACGAUGAGGACUUGGUGAUCGAGGCGGGAGGAGAGGCCGAGUCGAUCAGUCGCUCGUCCUCCAACUACAGCUUUCCCCCGGUGCCUCGGUACGAGCCGCACCUCAACCUCCGCAGCACCGCCGCCUCUGCUCAUUCCAUCAACGCCAACGGGACACUGCCGGACAGCGGCAGCAGCGGGUCACUAAGCUACGCCAACAACUUUCCCACCUCGCCGUCGCCGGACAAAGCAAUGGAGAGGCGGAGCCUGGAGGAGGACGGCACUGUGAUAACUCUUUAGGUGACACAUUCACAUAACUGAAGACUGGAAACGAGCACACACUCACAGGUGAGCGACGGAGUGACGGUUCAAACGCGGGAGCUGAAGUGGUUCAUCGUGACUGUGACGGCACCUGAGGAGCACAGUGAUUCAAUCUAACAUCAAACGCUGCACCACCUGCACAUCCUACAUGCCAAUUAACACGCAUGUGUGCCAUAGUGGUGACCUCCGACCUCCUCCGAUAAAGAACGAAGCUACAUCCGCGCUAAUCUUUUAGUUUUCUAUUUUAAAAACGCGACAGCUCUGCUUUGCUGUCCACGCGUCCCUGUAAGACUGUCUUCACUGAUGCCACGGUUCCAUUCAGAUAAAUAUGAAUUUCAUCAUUUUCAAACAAAUGCUUCAUCCUCAAGUUAAAACUAAUGCUUCUGCAGCCGAGAAACCGCAACACGUGCAGUACAAUAUGUGACUCUUUUAGUGAUAUAUAUGAUAUAUGUCGCAUUUCUAACGUCUUAUCCAAACAACGUCAAAGCACGCACUGCACACACCAGUGUCCUUAGUCAGACAGUUAUGUGAUUAACAGUGAGACGGAUUUCCCCCUGCAUUGACAGUUAGAUGUUGCGUCGCUGUAGAAGCAAUUAUUUUUGAUAGCCUUAACUUCCCUUUUGAUGCUUGAAAACUGAGCAGUGUGAAAAUACUACUGACUGAAAAGUGCGGGGCUGCAUUUUAGUCUGGACGAGCAGAAAUUGAGACUCCGCUUUUAAGUGAACGCUUCUUUUAACCACUUAACUGUAAUCGAACAGCUGAAGAGGAGAAAAUCAGCUUCUGGCACUUUUCAUCUACUGUUUUCCAAAAAAUGAUCAUGUGACACACAGAAUGUUUUCAGGUGUUUUUCGUGUGGACACUCAGUGUCUCUGAUUCAUGGCUGAAACUCGCAGUUUUCUAAUGAAAACCUGGCUAGUGUGGAUGUAGCCACAGUUUGCUUUGCCUUUUUAGCCAAAACUACAAUUUUAAACCUGAUUUUCUUUCAUUUCCUCACAUCUUUCAUGCAUUUUCAAUAAUCUCACUACAAAAUGUUCAGUUUGAAAGUAAUCUAUGAACUAUGUCAGAUUACAGUUGAGCCACUGUUUUAAAACCACUAGAAGCACUUGUUUUUAAACUCAGAUACACUUAUGAACCUGAACACUAGAGGGCAGAGAUGAGACGCUUCGUUCUCUCUCUCCAUCAUUAAAAUCUUCUCACCAGUCCCAUUGACACAGUUAGAUGAAGGUCGAGAGUCACGCCCUCUAACAAAGCCACAGUGAAGUGUGUGUUGACAGUCUAGUGCUGGAUUAUGACAUGCGUGUUCCUGAGAUUAGCAAUAAAAACAUAUAAAUAUAUAUAUAUAUAUUUUUUUUUUAAUUAGGCUCAGAUUCAGUUUUUCUUUUUACCUUCUGUGACUGAAAGGUUGGUGUUUUUUUUUUAAUUAUUAAUCAUUCUUGGUGAGCAUCUUAAACAUUAGGCCUGGUUUUUUUUGUUACAUAUAUAUUAUGUGAAUAUUUUGUUUUGGUUUAUUCUCUUUAAUGUCCACUGCUUGCAUCUGACAGGUGACCAACAUUCUCUACCUGAUUAUGGGACAUGUUUUUCUGAAUAUUGCACUCCCUCUACUUUCAAUGACAAGGGCUAUUUCCCCUGCUGCUUGUGUACAAAUGAGAAAAUGUGAAUUUGAUUUAUUUGUUUUUUUUAUUCUUUUUGUGUGUUCUCUUUCCCUCUCUUCUCUCUGGACCACAACACAAUAUUAUACUGUACUGUCAGUCAUUUUUUAGUAGAUUCAUCUCUUUCUCUCUCCAGGCUCCUGAGUUCACUUGGACGUGACCUGAGACAUUCACAUAUGAAAAGUGUUCUUGAUCGUUUUUCCUGCGUCAUAUUGAACUAAUUUAAUAACUCUAAUGAGCAAAUGGUUAAAGAGAUUGUUCAGGUUUCAGUGGCAGAACACUGAAAACCAGAUUUUAUCCACUUAACAAAAACCUCACCUCAAAAAAUCCAUGCGUUUGCCACUUUAUCUUGCCGUUAGAGCGCUUUUUCCACCUGGAAACUGGAGAUUUUGUUGCUACUCACUCCCUGCACCAAAAUCCAUUGGGAAAACUGUCAUUUUUAAGCCUGUGUGCACACAGAAGCUGCCGGUCUACUGCUGCCUCGUUUGUUGAAUUUAUGUAAAUUGAAACACAGGAUUUUAAACACUGAAGUCACAAAUAUAACACAUUAUAACUUACUGAUGGAGGCAGCAGUGGAUCAACAACUCCUGUGUGUGCUGCGUGGGUUAGGGUAAAAUCGCUGAUUUUCUCUAUGGUCUUUGGUGUGAGAGGGCGGAGCGGUUUACAAAGCAGCUCAGUUAUCAGCUGUAAAAGGCUGAGAUGAAGCAGCAAAUCUAAUCUUAACAUAUCAGAGACUUAAGUGGGGUCUAAAAUGUAUACGAUGAGCCUUUUAUUAAGAGGCUGAAAUCAGUUUUUCCCUGCUACCGUCUAAAGAUGACACAUUAAUAGUUAAAUUGUAACGCUGUUAUAGCAGACUUGAGACUUGAGAGCGACACAUGGUGACAAACUAUAAUAGAGUCAUAUUGAAACUAACAGUGGACACAGAGUGAGUCACUCGGCGUGUGUUUGUUGAAGGUGAGGCAGUUCAUGUCCAAACCUUCAAAGGCGUUUGGAGCCAGGCCAUAAUGAAGCAAACAUAGACAGACUUGAUGACUUGUUCUUUGGGAACAGUGAUGUAAUAUUACGGUAACACCAUUUUAUCUUUUACACAAUUUCCAGCUUGGUGAAUACAAUCGUGAACAAGGAGGUAAUAGUACAUACAAUUUUAUUUUCAAAGUAAAAGCUCGACACUACAGUCUACCACCAUGUUCAGAUUAAAUUAAAAUAAAUGUGAAUCAAUCCUUUCCUUGUGUGCCCCUCACACAUUUUCCAUUGUUUAUACCAAGCUUAGUGAUUUCCGUAGAAAAUAAGUCAGGAUGCACAAUAAUAUCGGCACGAUAUCGACUUUAAAAUGUAUUAUUGGAUAUUGGUAAACACGCCAAGAUCCCCUGACUAAUGACUAAAACAGCAGGCCCAGUAUUCCGCUACAUCUUCCACUUCUCUGCUUAUUUAUCUAUGUUUGCUGCGACAAGAGUACGUCUAAUGUUAACUUAAAUUAAAUUAAUUUGUUUGUUUGUAAAAAUGACGGUGUCUCGAAAGCAAAAUAUCGCAAUACUUCACUGUAUCUAUUUCUUCUUUCCACCCUUCCUACUUAUUAAGGUUUUCUGCUGUUGGUUUUUCGCAUCUGCUGUCCUUUUACGUGCGAUAUCGUUAACAUUGUCGCCCACUGAGAACUGUCCAUCUUCUUCACGUAUAUCCGGUUUCAUCUGAGCCAAUAUGCACUUGUAUUCACAUGCACCAUCUCACUAAAUCAGUGUAGAUCUGGUGUUUUUAUUCAAAUACCUGAUGAGCCAAUCAUACGUAUGACUGGAAUCCAACACACUGGUUCUGCCACGUGUGGCCGCCAUUUUAUUUCAAGCUUUACUGGACAAAGAAUUGUCUUUGCGGCCCUUUUUAUGUCACAGGUGUGAAACUGGGUUUAUGUGUAUAUUCUCGAAACGGUACUUUGAAAGAAAUACUUUAAUUUGUCUAUCUCUAACUUUUAACACUGGACACUGGGAUAGUAACCACGGAGGCAUUUGUUAUUUAUUCUCCAUAAUCAUAAUGUCUUUGUUUGUCUGUACACAUUAUUUUUUAUAUAUAUAUAUAUAUAUAUUUGUUCAUACAUACAGCAGAUUUUAUUAUCGCCCUCAUGAUUUCAGUAGGUGACGUCAUUAUAGUUUCAUUUUAAUUUUCCAUACUGUGAAUUAUCAUCAUUAUUAUUGUUUUUGUGGGAGAGAGAAAAAAAAGCACGACAAAAAGUGAUUGAUCAAUGAUUAUUAUUGUUUUAUUUUGGGGUUUUUCGCUCGCCAGAUAAAUCCUAUGGUAUAGAUUUGUAAUAAAGAAUUGUCAGUAUUUUCAUAUCGAUGCUGUAUGAUGAUGUACAUUUUUUUUAUCACAUUUAAUGAAAAAUGUUUGAACAUUCAACUGGAGGCGUAUGAAUAAAUAGAUAAUGUAUACUUGUAAUUUUUGAUUUUAAGGAGUUGGAUAAAAUAAACUAAUGU